CGAGUACAACUCCGUCACUUCCUGUCCCCAGGCGACACAUACACGAGCCAGGACUACACGUGAAAACAGCUUCCCAAAACUGACAACUGAAACAAGAUGGACAUCACGGAGGUUCCCGUGAGCCAGACUGAAAAGGCUAAGAAAAAGAAGAACAAGAAGCCAAAGAGCAAAAGGGCGAAUGAGGAGGGGAGUGGAGAAGGCAGCGGGGUGGAGGUGAAGGAGGAGGACGUGAAGAUGGAGAAGAGCGAGGCAGGAGCUUCCUUUCCCCCAACCUUCAGUGUGUCCGAAAUCAAGAAUAAACAGCGACGACACCUCAUGUUCAUGAAAUUCAAACAGGAGAAAAGAAAGCAAAAGCUGCAACUGAAGAAGAAGAAGAAAAAAGAAAGGGAUGCUUUAGGUGACAAGGCACCACCGAAAGAGGUCCCAAAGACUAUCGAAAACCAGCGGGUGUACGAUGAGACGACAGUUGACCCAGAGGAUGAGGAGAUUGCGUUCGAUGAGGGAACUGAUGAGUUUUCUACGUACUUUAACGGGCUGACAAACCCCAAAGUGCUCAUCACCACGUCCGACAGACCGAGAGGAAGGACGGUGAGGUUUUGUGAGCAGCUGGCCACAGUUAUCCCAAACGCCUACGUGUACUACAGAAGAGGUUUGGCCCUGAAGAGAGUCAUUCCUCAGUGUGUCGCCAGAAACUUCACCUACCUCAUUGUCGUCAACGAGGAUCGCAAAGUGCCCAAUGGUUUGGUUCUCUGUCAUCUACCUGACGGGCCGACCGCACACUUCAAGGUCAGCAGUGUUCGCUUACGCAAGGAGAUGAAGAGACGAGGCAAGGAUCCAACUGAACACACCCCCGAGGUGAUCCUUAACAACUUCACUACACGUCUGGGACACAGCAUCGGCCGAAUGUUCGCUGCUCUGUUUCCACAAGACCCUCAGUUCGUUGGUCGUCAGGUCGCCACCUUCCACAACCAGAGAGACUUCGUCUUUUUCAGAUUCCACAGGUACAUUUUUAAGAAUGAGAAGAAAGUCGGUAUUCAGGAGCUGGGACCUCGUUUCACCCUCAAACUCCGCUCUCUACAGAAAGGAACCUUUGACUCAAAGUUUGGGGAGUAUGAGUGGGUCCUGAAGCGCCAUGAGAUGGACGCCUGCAGGCGAAAAUUCCAGCUUUGAAAACCAAUUCACUACUGGCUUUUUUUUCAGUCAGACAAGGACAACUGUGUAUAUAAUCCAGGAUGUUUCUGCCGUCUGUUGCUCUACACAUCUAGGCCCUUGUGCGGAUAUCCACAUCAUUUUUGGGACUAUCAGCAGCAACAGCGAAGAACUUCUUGAAAGCCUUAUUUUCAGUGCUUCUGGAGACAAAGAGUGGGACAGGAGCCUGGAGCUGAUGCAAGGACUUUUACUUUCUCUGACUCUCCACAUGAAUCUCAUUACCCUCACAUUUCUUACCUGCAUGGGUUUCUAGAAGUUGUAUUGGCAGAUCAAAUGUAUCCCCACAUACUGAACUGAUGUGGUAAUGGUUCAUUUUGCAUAUAGACAUGAACCUGAUAGAUAUGGUCUAUGCAAAUGGUAUAAAAGAUUCUUAAUUAAGUGCUACAGCUGCUAGUCUCUGGAGAUGGCUUAAUUGUUCAGAUUGUGUCCACAGUGCGGUUUGUUUUGUUUGUGAUGGAAUUUCUUUAAAUACGUGUGGAUGAAUUGUUGAAGACUAGUUAACAGAUUUCACAAUGUAAAAUACUCAUUUUUAAAAUAACAUGAAUUUGCAAGCUGAA